AAAGAAGAGGAGGAAGAGAAGGAAGAGAAGGAAGAGAAGGAAGAGGAGUUAUGGAGAAGGUUGUGGGUAGAAUCAAAGAAGCUAUGGGUAGUAGCACUACCUGCUUGCUUAACAAGAGUAUCAAUGUUUGGGGUGUUCAUCAUAUCUCAAGUGUUCAUGGGCCACAUUGGAAACACUGAAUUGGCAGCACUCUCUCUGGUUUUCCAAAUACUCACCCGUUUCUCCUUUGGAAUACUGAUGGGCAUGUCUAGUGGACUGGAGACUCUAUGUGGCCAAGCAUUUGGAGCAAAACAAUAUCACAUGUUGGGUAUAUAUUUGCAGAGAUCAUGGUUGGUUGAAUCAGGGUUCUUCCUACUCCUUAUCCCUCUUUUCAUCUUCAGUGCUCCCAUUUUCAAAUUACUUGGACAAACAGAUGAGAUAUCAGAAAUGGCAAACAUAAUUUCCCUUUGGUACAUUCCCAUAAUCUUCUCCUAUGUCUUCCUUUACACCCUUCAAAUGUAUCUUCAAACUCAGAGCAAGAACAUUAUCAUUACUUGGUUAUCAGCUAUCACACUUAUCUUUCAUGGUUUCUGCUCAUGGAUCCUCGUAUCAAAGAUGGGUCUGGGCAUCGCCGGAGUUAUGAUCUCAAUGAAUAUCGCGAGUUGGGUACCGAUAAUCGGUCAAUUAACCUUCAUUUUCUGCGGCGGCUGUCCAAAAACAUGGACUGGAUUCACUAUGCAUGCAUUUUCUGAAUUAUGGCCGGUGCUCAAAUUAUCAAUAUCAUCAGGUGUAAUGCUUUGCUUGGAGUUAUGGUACAACUCAGUAUUAGUUCUGUUCACUGGGAACACCAAAGAUGCUGAGGUUACAAUUGAUGCUCUCUCCAUUUGUCUUAAUAUCAAUGGUUUUGAGUUGAUGCUUUCCUUUGGCUUCCUAGCGGCUGCAAGUGUUAGGGUCUCCAACGAGCUUGGGAGAGGAAGUGCCAAAGCGGCAAAAUUCGCCAUCAAAAUGGUUCUAGUAACUUCCAUAAUAGUUGAGGCUGUGUUGUGGGUCUCAGUGUUGGUCUUCAGAUAUCAAGUUUCCUAUAUAUUUUCAAGUAGCGAGGAGGUAGCUGAGGAAUUUUCGGAUCUCUGCAUGUUGUUGACCUUUAACCUCAUAUUGAACAGCAUCCAACCUGUUCUCUCUGGAGUGGCUGUCGGUGCUGGAUGGCAAAGCAAAGUAGCAUAUAUCAACAUCAUUUGCUAUUAUUGCAUAGGGCUUCCUCUUGGGCUGUUGCUUUAUUAUGUUGCCAAUCUUAAUGUGAAGGGAAUGUGGAUGGGAAUGAUUGGUGGCAUUGUUAUUCAAACUUUGGUGCUUCUUUAUUAUGUUUAUAAAACUGAUUGGGAUAACCAGGUAUCUAUAGCAAAGGCAAGGGUGAGUAGGUGGGUCCUCCCAUCUCCAGAUGAGGAGGAGAACGAUUCCUCAAUUUAGCAAA